AAAUAUCAAUCCUGCGUAGUUAAGAAGAAGAAGCUUAUGGCGAAGAGGAAUUAAUAAAAUAGUUGAGUGUAUUUUCCAUAAGUGAAUUUCGUGCCAGGGAAACGGCGAGAAAGAUUUUUUCGGGCAAAAAACAUAGUAAAUAUGGAAAGCGAGAACAAAACAGAGGAGACAAAAGCCGCAGGCGAUACUGCGGCAUCAACAGCGGAGAAAGCGCCAGAGAACGAUAAGAAAGACGUAGCCGCUAGUGGUACAGAAAGUCCAGAACCUGCUGCUGCGGCAGAGAAGAAAAACAGUACAGGUGCUGAUGACGAAGCUAACGAUAAGAAAACAGAUAAGGUGACUACAGCAACAGAGAAUGACGAUAAGAAACCAAAAACGGAAGCCGAAGCAGAAAAUAAAUCUGACGAUAAACCCAUCGCCGAUUCAGGCGAUGAUAAAAAGUCAGCUCAAAAGGACAAACUCGGCGAGGCCAAGGAGGCUAACGACUCCAAAGAGGAUAAUGAUACGACAGAGGUAGAUGAUAAGAAGACUGAAGGUAAAGAGAAGAAUGGCACAGUAGCUGCUACUGCAGGCGGCACCGCCACAGCGGGCGCUGUUGAUAAAAAGAAGCCAGCCAAGGAACAGGGUAAAGAAAAGAAUGACAAAAAAGCUGACAAAAAUAAAGCAGAGAAAUCUGACGAAGUGGAGAAUGAAAACCAGCAAGUCGAUGAGGAUGAUGAGAGUGUAGUGGCUUUAGCCGAAAUUGAUAGAAUCAAUGAUAAUAUUAAUAAGACCCGGGUUGAUGGCCUGCAAACGUUGCAUGAGCUCUGCUUCAAGUCUGUAGGUAAAAAUAAUGUUGUUAAAAAGAAUUUACGCUCAUUUGCCGGUUUCGAGUUUGAGAAGGACUCUAGUGAAUAUAAGAAAAAAUUGGAUGCCAUUAAGAAAACCGACGCGAAGGCACUUAAGAGUAUUUGUGAUAUUCUUGCGUUGGACCGCAAAGGCACAAAAGAUGAAAUUGCAAAUCGUGUGCUCAAAUUCCUUAUGGAACCGGAUGAGUCGCUCUGUGUAGAUGAAGCGGCUGAAGAGGAGGAAGAAGAUAUGGAAGAGGAUGAGGAGCCAGUAGAUGAGGAAGAGGAGGAGGAGAGCGCAGAAGAGGAACGUAAACGUAAACCAACCAGUCGCGCACCUGCACGAAAUUCAACAAGUGGCCGCCCCAGACGUGCAACUGCUGGAAAAAAAAUGUCCGCCUAUGUUGACUUCUCCAGCUCAGAUGAAAGUGAACGUAAUACCGCGCCGGCCAAACGAAAGCGUCACGAUGACUCCGAGUCGGGUUCAGAUUAUAAUCCAUCGGGUGGUAAUUCCGAUUCGGAUGGUGCUCGUGGUGGUGGUCGCAAGGCAUUAGCCCGCGGUGGACGGGGUGGACGACCAGCACGUAAAAGUUGGAAAAAGAAUUCCGAUUCCGAGGAAGAAGAAUUUGAUCUCUCCGAUGCUGAUAGUGAUGUGCCGAAACGUAAACGUGCUACACCUGGUAAACGUGGUCGACCUUCUGCUGCUGCCGCCGCCACAAAUAAACGUGGUACACGUGGUCGUGGCGCCAAACCAACCAAAUCGCGCAAACGCAAAGACUCCGAAAGUGAAGAUGAAAUGUCUGAGGAUGACGAGGAAGAGGAGGAGAUGUCCGACUUUGGAAGCGACCAGAGUGAGGAGGAAGAGGAGUCAAAGAAAUUCAAAAAACCCUCAACGCCUGUGAAAAGUGCUAAAGCAAAUAACAAAGCUAAAACGCCAGCUAAACCCGCUGGCCGACCGAAAAAAGUGAGCAAAAAAGAGGAGGAGGAAGAAUCCGAUGAUGAGGAUGAGCCGCUAAACAAAAAGGGCAAGGCGACAUUCCCCACGGACGAACAAAUACGCAAUUAUGUUAAGGAAAUCUUAGAUAAAGCCAAUCUCGAAGAGAUCACCAUGAAAACGGUGUGCAAGCAAGUGUAUGCAAAAUAUCCUGAUUUCGAUUUAACAGAUAAAAAGGAUUUCAUAAAAGCCACAGUGAAGGCGUUAAUUGCGGCAUAAAUCCAAAAAACAAAAUAUGUGCAACACUCUCACACUUUGCGAUAUAGCAAAUGAAAACGCGCAGCAAGAGCAGCAAAAAUAAAAUAAAAUAAACGAAUAUCAUUUCAACCAACAACAGCUGUCAGUCUGCGCCCACAGCAUCGGUGUAUUUAUAAUAAGCUAUUGAAUAUGUUUGAAGUAACGAAUUCGAGAGCUUUUAAGAUUCCUUUAUAAUUUCGUUCAUAUAUGAUUGUUUUUCUUCAAACCCCCAUCCGGCUCUUCCUAAAUGGGUGCACCAAGCGCACUUUUAUAAAAACAAACCAACUAUUUCUUGCAAACAAACUAUUUGACGAUUAUUUGACUAAUUUUAUUUAUACGUACACGAGUAAUGUGUAUAAUUGAUUAUUUGUCAUUGUGUAAUUUUUCUUACCUUCUCUUACUAAUAUUACGCAACGUUCUUAUCCUCAUCUUAUACUUGAAUAAGAUACUUGCACACAAACUACACACAUACACACAUAUGAUAAUUUUUUUUUCUUAGUUCUAAAGCAUUGUAUAAAUACUAGAUUUUCUUAUGACUUUCAAAAAUGUAAACAAAAGAUGAAACAAGAAAUGAAUGGAAUGCAAGCAAAUUUGUAGAAUUUCUGUAAAAUGUUUAAUAAUAAUAAAGAAGAUAUACAUACAAAAUAAAAAAGCAAAAUAAUAUAUAACAUGAUAUGUGCGUAAAGCUAAAUUACAAACAUAAAAGAAAAAGCAAAAUUAAAUUCAAAAGUUAUUAAUAAAUUCUUGGUUUGCAUUUGUUGUGCAAAUGCGUGAAAGUUAUUUGUAAAAAGUAGCUGAGAAUUUUUCUUCGAACAUGAAAAGUGGAAAAUAUAACAAAAGAGAAAACACUGGCGUCAGUACAAAAAAAAUAUAUAUAUUAUAUUAACAAAAAGUUAUGAAAACGAGUAUGUAUUUUAUUUUUUAAUAUUUGGCAUAAAACAAAAAAAAAUGAAGGGAAAUCGACGCGUAAAUAAAUGAAUAAGAGAAAAAUGCUUCAAAGCAAAGCAAAACAAAAAAUAAUAAUAAUAUAUGAAAGUAUGUGCGACUUAUGUUAAAUUGUGAAUGCAGAAAUAAGUGAAAUAAAGUAAAAACUAUUAAAUUG